AUGGUUACGUUGAUAAGAUCCGUCUUCUUAUCACAACCAUCUAUUCUAGAACUCGAUAAGGUGAUAGCAGAUAUUGAGAGCACAAAACAGAAGAACAACGAAGUGUGCGACGAAACCGAUAAAAUUGCAAAUUGGAACAUAUACUGCAGUGGUCCUAUACUCACCGCAAUGAAUUUGCAUCAGGUGGAAAUGGAUUCAAAAACAUUCGUCGACAGACCGUUGAAAGCCGAUCCCGACGUGGUUUUACAAGAAUUUAAAAAGGAAUUCGGAAAGACAAAGAUAGCAAAUAUUAGUGUGCAGAAGCUUAUAAAUUUUCGAAAUCGCUUUUUUGGUGAGCCAGGCACGGAAUUGAAGGGUUGCGUUAUUCCGGAAUGGAAGGAAUUACCACCGAAAAUUGCUAGGAUAAAGGAUGAAAACCUGAAACGUUUUGCACUAUUUUUGAAUCAAAGAUGGAAAGAUCUAUGCAGACAAAUGACUAGAAUCGAGAAUCCUAAACAGAAUUCUCUGAUCGAAGUACCCCAUCCAUUCAUUGUCCCAGGUGGUCGAUUCAGGGAAUUUUAUUAUUGGGACGCAUAUUGGAUUGUGAAAGGUUUAAUUGCAAGUGACCUACUCGUAAUGAUCAGAAACAAACUGUGGUUUGGAUUUGUACCGAACGGUGGACGUAUCUAUUAUUUGAGACGUUCACAACCACCAUUUCUCACCCCAAUGAUGUACGAAUAUUACGAAGCCACGGGAGAUAUUGAAUUCAUAAAGGAAAAUUUCAAUCACCUUGUAAAAGAAUAUGAAUUUUGGGUUCAAAACAGGUCAGUAUCAGUGAUAGAUGAGAAGGGAUAUAAACACAAAAUAUAUCAGUAUCAUACUAUUUCAAAUGUACCUCGUCCGGAAUCAUUCCGAGCUGAUAUUCGAGCUGCAGUAGAAGUUGGGAAAAACGACAGGCAGAAAUUCUUUCAGGAUAUUGCAUCAGCGGCGGAAUCCGGUUGGGACUUUUCGUCGCGGUGGUUCAGAGAUAGAAAUACAAUGAAAACCAUUGAAACAACUAAUAUUUUACCGGUCGAUCUGAAUUCACUGCUCUGUUGGAAUGUCAAUAUUCUCAAAUACUUUGCUAAUAUCAUCGGUAAUACACAGAAGGCAGAGGAAUUUGAGAAGAAAGGACAAGAAGCUUGGAAAGCCUUAAAUGCCAUAUUUUACAAUAAAUUGAAAAAGGCUUGGUUCGACUACAAUUUCCGCAUCAAAUCACAUAAUACCUUGUUCUACCCAACCGUUGCAAUGCCUCUAUUCACGGGCUGUUAUACAAUGUUGGAUUACGGUAAAUCGACAAAAGUUAUUGACUUUAUGAAUGAAUCAAAUGUUUUCAAUUAUCCAAGUGGUAUACCGGCAAGCCUAAAGAAUACCGGACAGCAAUGGGACUUGCCGAACGGUUGGCCUCCCUUGCAACACAUAAUCAUUGAAGGGAUGCGGAAAUCCGACAAUCCCGAAGCUCAGGAAAUGGCAUUCAAAUUGGCACGAAAAUGGAUAUUAGCCAAUUACAAGAUAUAUAAUACAACCAAAAAAAUGUGGGAAAAAAUUGAUGUUACUGGGACAAUUCCCAAGCCAGGAGCUGGUGGCGAGUAUGACGUACAGGAUGGUUUUGGAUGGACAAAUGGUGUUGUCCUAGACCUUUUGACUACUUAUUAUGAUCGAAUGACUAUUGGAGACAUUGGACAAAAUGUCACGCAUAGGCCAUCCGUUAGACCCUGUCGCAGUAAAACGCAUCGCAUCCGUUACAGACUAGUUCCAUUGCUUUGCACCACCGUUUUUUAUUUCCUCAGAUUUUAG